AUGGGUGUUGGAUAUCCUUGCAAAGUUGAGGGACUUGGAACUGUCAAAAUAAUGAUGUAUGAUGGAGUGGUUUGCACAAUAAGUGAUGUGGCAUAUGUACCAAAGGUGAGAAAGAAUCUAAUAUCUCUUGGAAGAUUGGACUCCUUGGGAUGCAAAUGCUUUGUUGCAAGUGGAGCCAUGGAAAUCACGCGUGGUGGAUUGGUCCUAAUGAAAGGGAGGAAGUAUGGUGGUUUGUAUUGCCUGGAUGUUAGUGUGGGAAUGCAUAUUUUGGCAACCAAUAGAUGGGCGACACAUGGAAAAGGAAUAUUCCUUAGGGUAAAGUUUCCCAUUGGCUUGAAAACCAUUGGUGGUCAACAAGUCAACUUUCUUUCAUGUAUGAGCAUGUCAUUGCUAGCAAUGAAAACCCUAGCAGACUUCUUUAAAAUAGAUAACUUGCGCCCCAAAUUAUUGACUUCUAAACAAGCGAUUGUGAAUUUGGGUGAGGAAUAUCUCCCAAGUAAGUAA